AUAUGAGUGCCGAUGACUGGCUCUCACUCGCUAUGGCGGACACUCACUUGGUAGCCGAACUCCUCCUUAGACUCCGUCUACCUCUCCCACCGUCAAAGCGUUCACGCCCAUCGCCUCCACAAAGCUGGACCAUCCACCAACGCCGGUCAAGGACGCAGCCACUACUUCCUCCAUCUAACAAAUCGGAAGCACCUAGGGCUAGCCCUAGCACUCCCUUAUCCUGGAGCGGUGCCACUUCCAUCAGCGGCGGCGGCGGUGGUGGUGGUGGUAUUCCAAUUGUAGAUGUUGUCGACUCCACCCAACCAAAUCCCAACCGCUCCGUCAUCUCAAGAUCUAAGGUUACGCCACCUGGUGAAACCACCCCGACCAAGAGGCCAAGAAAGAAGAAGACCCUGGCCGCACUUAAAGAGGAGGAGUCGUUAUUGAUGGAGGAACAAAAGCAUCUGAAGAUGAAACUUGAAACCCUAAAGGCUACGUGUGAAAAACAGAUAAAAGAGAAUGAGAGCCUGCAGAAGAUGAAGUGUGGUUUUCUUGAGCUGGAUAUCCAAGUAGAGCCACAAUUGGAAAGACAAGAACGAAACAACCAUUUUGAAGCGGUGAAAGAGCGGAAGGACAAACUCGUCCUCCCUGACCUUAACGAUCCUGCUGGGGAGGAUGUGACGAUGAGCUAUUGACGAUAGAAUAAAGGUGGUAUAUUAGAGAAUAGAAAAAUAAGUUCUAACGUCGAAUUUGAGCUUAAUUCGUUUUGAAAUUUGGUAUGGAAGUUGGAAAGCUGUUAAUUUUAAGUAUUAACUGAUCGAAUGAAGGGGUAAGUAGUAGUGAUUAGAAAGGCAGGGUUUUAGAUGCAGUUGGACAUUGCAGGUUUGUACAUUGUUUCCUUUCUUGGAAUAUAUUCUUAUAGAUACUACAUAUACAUGUAACUUUCUAUACAU